AUGAAUGACGAAGAAUUCGACGGUGAUGACGUGGGGGACGACUUCGACGACGACGUCGAUGACGACAACAUCGAGGAGCUGGAGCAGCCCGAGGAGGAAGGCGACAACAUCGACAUCCUCGCUCAUGGCCAAGCCGGGGGCGGAGUGCCCAAAAACAAACGCAUAACAACCAAAUACAUGACCAAAUACGAAAGAGCUCGUGUUUUGGGAACAAGAGCUUUGCAAAUCGCCAUGUGUGCCCCAGUUAUGGUGGAACUAGACGGAGAGACAGACCCGCUUCAAAUCGCAAUGAAAGAACUCAAACAACGGAAAAUCCCCAUCAUAAUCCGGCGUUAUUUACCCGACCACUCGUACGAGGAUUGGGGCAUAGACGAACUCAUAAUAAUUGACCACUAGUGUAAUAAGAUUUUGUUUUUAAGAAUAAAGGCUAAGUAAACAUCGA